CUCCCAUUUCCACCUCACCACCCCAGGUGUGGUGAAAUUGAGUGCCCAACCACCCUGUUCUUUGGUGCCUGCAUAUUUGCGAACUGGAAUAACGGUCACACAUAUCCGCUAACCAUUUGUUUACAAAACUUGUUAUUUGUUUUCAUUUUGAAAAUAUUGAAAUGUCGGAGUUUGACACGCGACUUAUAGAGUUGGUGAGGGCCAAUCCCAAGCUCUAUGAGCGGGAACUAAGAAGCACGCCCUAUGAGGCCAAUAAAAAACGGAAUACGGAAAUCUGGCGCAGCAUCUCCACUUCUUUGAACACAGAUGCUAGUGCCUGUCUUAGUCGUUGGAACCAUCUGGCGGCCAAGCACCGACGGGAGUUGUCCAAAGAAAAGGCCGGAGGCGCUGGAUCCGACUGGAGCCUCCUGCCUCAACUACAUUUCCUACAACAUCAUCACCAUCCAAUAAAUCAUCGUAAUUCGGGGGAUGUGAGUAGAAGCUCCAUGAAAUCCAUCGAGGAAGUCAACGACGAGGAGGAUCCGCUGCAGGAGGCCAUGGAUGAGCAGUUGGCUGUGGCGGGAGCCCCUCCACCAGCACCCACAAAUCCUGCUGCUGCUGCUCCGUCAGCUGCUCCCGCUAAAACGGAAAAAAGGAUCGAGGCAUUGCUCGAAGGACUCGGAGAAGCAAAUCGUAUCAAGGCGGAGAAAAGGAUUCUGGCCUACCUUUGCAAAUGCAAUCUGCGCGCCCUCAACGAAGAGCAAAUCGAUGAUAUAGUUAUUUAGGAAUUUAACAAUAGUAGGAUACAAUAGAGGAUACUGUUUUCAUCUAGAAUCAUUUGUAAAUUUGAUCUUUACUUAAUUCAAAUUUAAAAUCAAUCGAAAUCAUCACACUAACACUCUUAAAUUGAAACUAAAAACUGAAUUGUAAAUCAAGUUAUGUUUAAUUGUUUUAAGUUUAUUCUAGGGAGACAUAAUCAAAAUUAAGAA